GUUUUCCUCGGAGCCAGAAGCGUCCUCCGCCCAUGCCGGCAUGGUCAAGGUGUGUGCAUGGAAGGUCUGGUUGUAACCAAUCUCAGGCUCUUUGGCAUGCUACGUGGCGGGGUGCUCAUGCCACUCGAUCGCCGACACAACGUAGCUGUGCUCUCGUUCAACAGUGUGCAUCGUAUUCAUCUGGAGCGCUGACAGUCCUUUGUUCUCGACCGUGUCUGUCGCGGUGUUCUCCAGUCCGGACGACAGCAAGAUGCGGGGACGGGCAUGGGAGGUUCGGCAGCGUUCGUCACUCGCUUUCUCGUGCCGCCUUGGUUGUCGUUGCUCCACGGACCAAAGUCGACGCUACUCAAAAUAUAGUAUGCCCAGCCUCAUGCGACCAUCAACACCAUUGCGCGGGUGGCAUGACCGUGAUCUCAGCCGUCUCAGCAACGCCAUCGCGGUAUCAUGAAUGCCCCCGUUCGACUCGGUUCUCGAACUUACAACACGCUAUUAUGGACGCACUCGUUUCGAUCGAUGCAGGAACUUCAGUCGCACGCAUCUUCCAGUGUGCAGGCCCCCCGCGGGCGGUCUACAACCCGACGACGCAUCUUUUCGAAUGUCAACGCCAUGGCUUCGAAAUUUUAGGUGGGGCGAAUGUGAUUUUUGAGGACGACGGCGGUGUGGUCGAGUAAGGUACAUGCUGCCACUCCCUGCGCCGUCGCGACUCCAACCGCUCGAGACGCCGUAUUGCAUACUCCAGGACAGAUGUGAGCGACCGCCGCCGCGCACGACCCAGUGGCAUGUUCAGCUAUGCGUGAUCUACUUGGCCCAAUUCACCGCCGAGGCAGCGCGAGGCCUCGUGCUGCCGACGCUCUUUCUCUACUGCGAGUCCUUGGAUGGGUCUCUCGCCGACAUGGGUCGAGCCACGUCUGUGUUUAGCAUCGGGCGGUUGGCUUCGUCGAUGCUUCUCGGCUGGCUGUGCGACAAAUUUUCGUUUCGGUCCGUCCAUGUUUUGUGUGCCUUGAUUGGGAUCGUGGGCAACGUCAUGUACCUCCUGCCCGCGUCGACGUGGUUGGAUGCACCCGCGUCAGCCUCCACCAAUUCAACGAUUCUUUCAAAUGUCUCUGCUCCAUCACGUGCCAAGUUUGUGUGGCUGUACGCCAGCAGAUUCCUCGUCGGUUUUGGCGCUGGCAAUCUCAGCGUCUGCCGCGCCAACGUUGCAGCGAUGACUCCCGUGACCGAUCGGGUCCAGUUUAUGAAUCGCUUGGCGUUAGUCGUGUUCGUUGGGUAUGCGCUGUCCCCUGGUAUCGGUGGUUUGUUUGCAGCCGUAGACGUGCAUUUUUCGGGCCUCGCACUCAACCCGUUUACGAUGCCCGGUCUUGUGCUGGCGGCGCUGAACGUCCUUACUCUUAUCUGUAUGGUCGUAGUGUUUGACAACUCCAUCGAUGCCACCGACGCCCCGUCAUGCCAACCCUAUGCUUCAGGGCCCCUUCACCCCAAGGAAGCGUUGCUCGACCCAGCCCCCUUGUUUGACUGUUAUGGCAUCUGCGUCUUUUUGCUACUCAACGUGGUGGGGCGGGGCGUGAUCGCCGCGUUCGAGACGAUUCUGGUGCCUUUGCACAUGCAAACGGUAAGCGCCGUAUCAACUCCGGCCGACGAUCCUGUCCACGCCGCCGCUGCAUUUCAGUUUGUUAUGGGGCUCCUGGGGCUGCUCACGUAUGCCAGUGUCGAGCUGUGGCGAGGUGCCAUCGGUGACAUUGCGUGGCUCCUGGCUGGGCUCGGCGCGUUUGUAGUUGGAAACGGGCUCUUGCUCAUGGACCCGCCCAAUUGGUCUAUCUUUUGCACGGCCAUCUACUUGGUGUGGUCUGUGGGAGGGCCCCUACUGACCGCGGUGUCUGUUGCGGCGUUCUCGAAAUUGUUAGGAAAUCAGCCCCAAGGUCUUUGGAUGGGCGUGUUCGGAUCUGCUGGGUCGAUGGCCCGCAUCGUGAUCCCCCUGGUUCCGGCGCUCUUUGCCUCGCUACGCCCUGUGUUUUGGGUGAACUUGGGGCUGUCCGCUGUCGGCGUGAUGCUCGUGACAGGGUUUGCCGUGCAAUCGUGUCGAAGGCAAGCCAAGUUCGAAGACGAAGGCAACGACGACUCUUCUAGUGUGUGGCUUUAACUGGCAAACAAAGCCAAACGAUGUAGUUCAUCCUGCACUUGAAAUGCCCCCAUGCAAAAGCAUCGGCCCACGGCAGCGCGUCUGUGAUCUAUGACUAUGAACGUACCAGAAUGGGGCUUGCAAACAUGCCCACCGUUU